GGCCAAUUCCUGGAGUGACAGUAGAGUCGAGUCAGCUAACGUCGUUAGCCAGGACGUUGUUAAACGCUUAGGGCUGAGUACAAGUCGACAUCCAAUGCCCUAUAUGUUGCAUUGGCUUAACGACUACGGCACAAUUAAGGUUCAACGAAAAGCGCUCGUCAAAUUCAAAAUCGGCAAGUACAGGGACGAGGUGUUGUUUAACGUCGCCCCAAUGCAAGCUACCCAUCACCUUCUAGGCCGACCGUGGCAGUUCGAUAGAGGGGUCUGUCAUUAUGGUGGUACGAAUUGCUACAGAGUUCAACAUGGCGGGAUGAAAUUUCUGCUACAGCCCUUGUCGUCGGUAGAGGUUCGCGAAGAUCAAUGACAAAUGGAAGCUGGUCGACGACGGCUAAGAGAGGAAUCCAGCGGAGCCAAGGUCUCGGAGUCUCGAAAUGUCAACUUGGUCGUCCGAAGGUUCAUGCUAAAUGGUAUCACAAACCGAUAACACCUCGCUGUCGGCGACCCUGUCAUUUGGCUUCGAAACAGGGGAGGAGAGAAGGAGAAUAUGGUAGAGGCCCCCGGGUCAAUUCGAAACUCGGCAAAGGUAUGGACACACUCUAUGAGGCUCAGGAAUGCUUACCCACAGGUUGGAUUGGUUCAAAAUCCCCCAAAUUGCGGGAUCCUACUCGAGCCCCAUCACCUCUGCCAACACUCCAACGUGGGCAAAUUCCAAGCAAAUGGGUUUGAGCAACUGGGACCACGACAACGCCAAUUGACAUCACAGGUCGAUUGGAACUUGCUACCCGAAGCUGUAACCAACUUCAAUUGCACGAUCGGGUCCCUAGCGCUGAAACACCCAAAUCGAAUUCAUCCAACCAGGAGGAAGAACUUUUGAAAUUUGAACAUGGCGGGAAACGAAGGUCUCGCAACUCGGGGAAUAUGAUCACUUGUCGAGCACUCCAACCUCUCUAGAAAUGUAAUUCGAUGUAUGACGAAGGGCGAGGGAUUGACGAAUCUUGCUGGGGAUGCUUUGAUUCAAAAGCCCCAUUGGCGAUCAUGAAGAACAAUGUUGACUCAAGCUGCCAGAAAAAGGAUUUCGCACAGGCUACUUUCGAUCCAAUUUGGAGCUCGUUUUGUGAGCAAUUCGAGAGAAGGAAGGCCAAAGUGUUGAGGCCAACACUUUUCAAGAGAUGGGGCCUGAUAUGACCCCAAUUGGACCUUUGGAGAAGCUACAACGAAUUGAAACAAAAGUUGCUUCGAUCCAAGAACGAGACCAUCAAAAUUGGAUAAGUCCUUUACUCGUCUCAGGUAGGGUACUUUGCAAGUCUGGUCGACACGCGAGGAUUGAUGAAAAUGGGAGCUUGGAGGUUUGUUUUGAAGUUGAAGUGUCGGACUAUGCAAUGGUACAGUUGGGAGCUCAGUUUCAAUUCCAGUAGACCAUUUUAAAGACGUUCUAAAACGGUAUGGUAAAACUGGAAAUCUGUCAGGAAAUUACUAAGGCAAAAGGCAUGUCUGAGCUAGCUACUUUGAGGGUUAAUUUGGAAGAGGUUGUUGUGAACCACGUUACGCGAAUGGUUCCACAUCAAAGUACAGGUUUCAGGCUACAACGACAAGGAAAUUGUUGAUCAGUUUGGGACUUGGAAGAGCUCGUACGAAGAAUCCAAAGAUCGUACUAAGGCCGCUGAAUUCUGACUUUGGAAGCUGUAAUUCGAGUCCUUGUUGGAGUAGGACUUUUAGCUGUUUUGGAUUUUUGUUCUUUCCUUGUUAGUUUGAGUUUCUAUUUAAGUGUAGGACGUUUAUUUCUUGUCGGCUAAGUAGCUAGAGUCUAUUUAAGCAUUGUUUACAUUAUAAUUCAAUUCACGUUUUAUGAAAAGAACACCUUUGUUCAUUGAGUUUGUCUCAUAAAUCUGUCCUUGGUUUGAUUGGAUUGAAUCCAUCAAUCGAGCAAGCUCAACAUCAAUUGAGUAGCCACCUCAAUUGUGGACGAGUUGUGACCAUUGUCGAUCGAGCCUCUUCCCCAGUUUUGGACGAGAAGUUGCACGAAGACAUCCAUCCCGUUUCCCCCUGUUCUUCGCGUGGAGAGCUGCCUUUUCAGCAACUUUUCGUGUAAUUGAUCCAUCCUUAGCGCCUAUGUUCAAGGUUGGGCCUCAUCAAGUGGUAAUCAUAGCCCGGUUCUACUAUGCGGCGUUCACAACGUCGUCAACAGAAGGUGGCGCUGGUACGGCAAGGUGGACCAAGUCGAAGGGUCCAGUAGAUUGUGACCUUACUGCUGUUCUGCUAACGAAACAAAGGAAGAAGAAGAAGGCUGGGAUUGACAAGAACCUGCCAUGGCGAAGCAGGCCGGUCUCGCAGAGCUGCUGCAGACGAUUCUCGCGCAACAGAACGCUGCAAUUCAAACCCAGUUCGACAACCUAAAUCAACAAUUGGCUGAACUAAGAACGACGGUGAAUGUAUAAAUACCCCCCCUCCUCAUUUUUUCACACCACAACCCAUUCUUCACCCUCUCUCUAAAAUUAUCUCUUUAUCCCCUCCCCUCCCAAAAGCCUAGGAAAUAUUGGUCUGUUGGUUGCGGCAAAGUCCGAUCUGCCAUAAGAAAACAUUUCUUUGAUUUUUCGUUCAAAACCCGCCGAAUCUCUUUCCGACUUUCGCGAAAAAAUGGACGAGUGGUUCCAAGGAGAGGGAGUUUAUAAUGAUGAAUUUCAAGCGGUACGUACUCAUUAUUCUGGUCAAUUUUUGUUGGUGUUAUAAGCUUUUUAAUUAAUCUAUGUACUAACCUUGUUGUUAUUCUCUCGUAGGUUGGGGACGACAUGGAUAUAUACAACCAACGGUAUUAUUUAGAUCAAGGACCUAUUGAUCCAACUGACUUGUACGACCAACCCAAUCAUCGUUCAAGGGAUGUUUGGAACGAUCACGAAGUACAUACAAUUCUUCGUCAUUUGUCUUUCUUUUAUUUUGCUAAUGUACUUAGUGGAAUAUAAAAUAAAUUUGAUCAUUUGUAAUCAUAUUUGUUGUUUUCAAUAAUUUAAUCGAAAACAUAGCGCCACUUACUUUGACUCUUUAUAAAGAGAUGCACGUGUAAGGAAAUUGGAUUUUAAGCGAUUAUCAUGAUCCUCCCAUUCCCUGGGAAAAUUGGGUAUUAAGAGACCCUCGGAUCCCCCCUUUUCUGUUAAAAAGGCUGCAUUUCUAAGAAGAUGUAUACCUCUUCUAAGAGUCUAAAGAGUGUUGCAUUGUAUUCAAUUAAAUUAUUUAAAACACCCAAUACGAUUAAAUUAUUUACCAAACAACCAAUACGAUUUAUGUUUAUGUGUACAAAAUGAAUUUUAUUAAUUUCAAAUGUUUGAAUAUGUAUGUAUCUCUUUAAAUUAUUAUUCAAUUAGAAUGUUAUUUAUGUUAAUUAAUUGAGUAUGUUUGUUUUAUGAUAAUAUGUAUAUAUCUUGGAAAAAACCAUCAAUUAUUUAAAUUUGAUUGUUAAUAAUAUAAUUAUAAUAAAAUUCUGGUCAAAGUUAAAUCAUUUAUUUUAAUUAAUUUAGUUAUAAGAAAAAACUGUUACUAAUAUAUCAUAAAUAACGUGGAAAUUUUCGCUAGAAAGCACAACAAAUACUCCGCUACAGGGGCACGACCAAUGUGCUCCCAUGGAACCCAGUUAUCUUGCCAUUUCUUAAAAGGGCACGUUUGGAGUCGAUUACGCAUUUUGUAGCCAUAAAAUUCGAUCGUCAACUCAUCACCGCAUUGGUGGAGAGAUGGAGAAAGGAGACACAUUGUUUCAACUUUGGCGAAGGAGAGUGAACCAUCACGCUAAAGGACGUCGCCAUCCUAACCCAUCUGCCCAUCGACAACAAAGCGGUGUGUGUGAUUGAUCAUCCCCCGAGGAUCGUGACGGUAUGACCGGUUGGCAGCAUUUCAUCCACAGUGUUUUGGGGGUGAAAGUACAAAUCAAAGGGAGCGUUGAUGUGACGGAUGUUUGACCGUCUCCAGAAUGACCUCCAACGCCUACGACCGCCUCGGUGUAAACGAACAUCUCGGCUUUGGAAAGAUUGUUCCACCGUCUCCAGAAUGACUGUCUCCAGCAUUUCAUCCACCAUGAAUACCAGAUGUUUGACAGUCUCCAGAAUGACCUCCAACGCCUACGACCGCCUCGGUGUAAACGAACAUCUCGGUUUUGGAAAGAUUGUUGGAACUCAAGAAUUCGAGCAUGGAAUCUACUUCAUCCUGAGUGGUUAUGAGAUAUUCCUCGCGCCACAACGACCCGCCUUCUCUAUUUGGAUAUCGGUACACCAUACGAUCAACUCUUCUCGUGCCAUCCAUGCAAGUAACAUUAGUACACAUUUGAUAGAGGUCUUCAAGCAUCAGUCUGGUAGCGACCUUUAUUUUCUGAAAAUUGCCACCGACGUAGGUGACCCCCUUUCCGGUCUCUUCCGUGAACCAUUCCACCGUAACUCAAGCGUGAACUUUUGGAAUGGCAUCUACAAAAAAACUGUAGUUCAGUUAAUAUCAUAAAAAUCACAAAUCACAAUAAAAAAUAAUACAAAAUAAACUUACGAGUUAACGUUAACCGCAAAAACACUAAAGAAGUAGGGAGCUACAAAAGAAAAUUGAAAAGGGAGAAGGAGAGGUGUGAAGAGAAGAGGUUCCUCGGGGCUGUCUUUUAUAGGCAAAAUCAUCAAUGAAAACCACAUGGGGAGGGUGCCAUUUUCAUCUGCCAUGCAGCCCCACGUCUGUCAACCUGCAUGGCAACAUGUUUGAUGUCGGAAAAAUGGGGACGACACACAAACCGCAUGGGGGUGGGGGUUGAGGUUUGUGUGGGCAAAACCGCAUGUUGAGGGUGCAGUUUGUUUUGGAGAAACAAAACCGCAUCCCCAACGUGCGAUUUUGCUAGGUCUGAGCAAGAACCGUACAUGGGCCAUGCGGUUCUGUAAGGUCAGACACGAAACCGCAUGGCCAAGAUGCGGUUUUGGCCCAGAACCUUAAACCGCACCUUGGGCGUGCGGUUCAUAUUCAAACCGCACCUUGGAGGUGCGGUUUAAAAAGAAGGGUUCUAUUUUUGUAAUUUCUAUGGGCUGGGUGCUAUUUUUGUAAUUUUUUUUAAAAAAGUGCUAUUUAUGGAAAAAACCCUAACUUGAACAAUAUAGGUAUUUUCUUAUCUAAGAAUUAUUUCAUUAUUUAAUUUUUUUUUAUUUUUAUUUUACUUUAUUUUUUUAAGAGGACACCUCUAUGUAAAAUUUUUGGGUCCGCCAUUGAUUAUACUCCCUUUAUUUGUGCACAGAAUCGAGUUUGAGAUCCCAACUCUGAUUCCUGGUGAAAUCCCUAAAAAAAAUGCCAAAUUGAGUUAGGGAUCCCAACUCUUCCUCCCGGAGAAAUCCCUUGAAGCAGCUCAGCACUCAAGAACCGGAUGAAUUCUCGACGAAAGCUUCAACGGAAGCAUCCUUUGUCAUUAAUUGCGGUAUGGCGUUGAAUUGAAAAGAUUCUAUAAUUUGACUAUGCUUCUGAUGGCAUUUGCGAAUCCAAUGAUUUUGACCUAUGAUGCAACCUCCUCCUCCAUCGAACGAAUGCCUAUUUAAACCUCAGUAUCAAUAGUUUUAGAAUCAAACUUUGAAUUCGAAUUUCCUGCAAGUGACUCGGUAUCCAAACUUGGUUGAGCAAUUGACCACUAGGACAAUGCUUGUUCUCCUCAGCCAGAAACCAAUAUCCUCUCCUCCAGAUUGAAUUGAAUAACGCCAAGACUUGAUUUGUUGCAGUGGGAAACAAGCAAAUAUGUUGUCUUAUUGGGUGGAGGUGAGGCUGUUAUCGAAGGGUUGAAAGAUCGUUAGAGGAUUCCUGGCCGAAAGGACCCUGUGCUGUCAAUAAGGUUCUCACCUACCCAAAUUUUCUCUUAUUAAGUCACUCAUUGGUCAACUAGAUAUUGUCUUACUUAUGCAGGUUGCUGACUGGGGAAAUGGUCAAGGAUUCGAACAAUAGAAUUCACAUGUUUCAAUUUGAUUUCAAGUUGGAGAAAAUUACAUAUGCAGGCUGCUAACUGUUGAACUGUUAUUUGAAGCAAUCAACUUGAUCAAGUUAGUCCAAGUUGUAUUAUGCUUUCUUACAUUGUCUUUCAAACUCUGCUUAUCGGCUUAUUGUGGUGCUUUAUUUGGUAGGUCGCUCGGUCAUUUGCCUGAAUUUAUUUGGAUUUGAGAGCUGUGACUCAUAUAUAGUUGGAGGAAAAAGUUUCCAAUGAAUUCGAUAUGGAAAUCUGAUGACAGACUCCCUCAGAAAAUCAUUAUAAUAAACUGGUCUUUUUUAUAAUGCUUAUAACCAACUUCAGUAGUGUUUUGUGUCUCCAAAUCCAUACACGGAUUGAUCUAAUGUUUGCCUUGAGUAAGCUCACCAUUUAUGGUGGAUUAUGUCAUUCACAAUUAGUUCUUACUGACUUGCUUUUUUUUCUUUCUAGAAGGGGAAUACAAAAACAAACAGCCUAUACUACAAGUAGGAAGAGGGAAAACCAUUCCCUGGAGCACUGCUAUGCAUAUGCAAGAUCAUUACAAAUUAUAUGAAAAGAAGAAUUGGAACCAGGAGCAAGGAUCAUAGAUAGACAGACUAAGGAUGAACUGCACAAGGAAAACUACAGCAUCCCAAACCACAAGCACAUGUUCGGACCAUUCUUAUGUAUGUUGACUGAACUCUCUUCCUGUUACUUUUGCUUUUACUGCCUUGAUGUUCAUCAAUAAGCAUUUUCACUAACUUCUCAUGGCACCUUUUAUAGCCUUCUCCCAUCAAUAAGCAUUCCCACUAAGUUCCCAUGAAUUAUGAACUACCUCUGCGUGUUGCUAAAUCCACCGAUUCCACAUCGAGUCGAGAAAAGCAUAAAUCAGUUUAUUGACACAUGCCUUUAAUUUUACCCCAAUUCUCCUCCUGCUGGAUGAAAGUAUAGUAUUGAUGCUUUCUUCCCCUUUGUUCUAUAUAUUGUUCUUCUACUGUUGUGAGCUUAGUAUUCACAUAUUGUCUCUUUCAUUGCUAAAUAAUGAAAGGAUAACAUCAUAUUGUUUAAGGUAUAUCUUAUAUACAUAUUACAAGUUGAUUAUGUACGUUGUUGCUAGAGUUUUUAAAAGGACAGAAUAUAGGGCUAGGUAAAGAAUAGUUGGUGGAUUGAUCAGAAGGCAAUCUAAUAUUGUUAUCUUCCUAUCAAUCAUAAAAUGCUUUGUUAUUGGUUUCCUCCUAAGUUUGUUAAUUAAUGUUCAUAUAUAACAAAUUUCUUAAAAUUCGCAAUUGCAGGUCUUCUUUUAGUUGUGUUGCAGGGAGUUCCCUUUGCCAAGAGUUGUCCCGCAACAAAUCGUUAUUUUAUUUUAGAAGUCAGAGUGUUAACAUCUCAGUCAAAUGUUGCUUCGUUAGAACUUCGGUACUGUAGACAUAUAUAUAGGGUCACGGAUCUUUUCUUGCUGUAAGUUUGAAGUUCAGCGGUAAUGGUAUCUUGGGAAGCUUUGUUUUGAUGAUGCAUUAUUCUUGAAUUCUCAUCUCCUGUCCAACCAUUGGUUUAGUAAUUAUGACUAACUUGUUCCUCAAUCAAGCCACAACCAAUGACAGACAAAUUUCUGGGAUCAUUGAUUUUACUUGCUGUAAGUUUGAAGUUCAGUGGAGAUGGUUUCAUGGGAAGCUUUGUUUUGAUAGUGCAUUGCUCUUGAUUCUUGGUAAUUACGACUAACUUCUUCCUCAAUCAAGCCACAACUAAUGACAUAGAAGAUGUGAUGCAUUUGUAUGUUACAAAAUUAAGGAUUUUGUUGUCUGGGAAGCGAAAUAUAUAUUUGUUGGGACGCUCGAAUGAUGGAUGAUAAAAAGCCGUUCGCGCGGAUGCUUCCCCCUAAGGCGGAACUCUCAAACAACAAAAUAUACAUGAGUUACAAAAGAAGGAUACAAUUCAUACCAAAAUGUAAAAUAUAUGUUGGACAAUUCAGUUAUCCCGCGACUGAGUGCGAGCCAUAAAACUAGUUUAGUUAAAUAAUAAAUCUCAUUUUACAAUGGAUUUUGACUUAUUGAUGAUGUCGAUAGUUCAAUAUUUCCUUUUAAAGAAAAGGUAAAUAUUUUCUAUUGAAGUUCAGUCGAAAAUAAUGCUCAUCAAAAUCAUGGUUGUCAAAGAUAUGAUAUAUCGUCCAUCACAACUGGAUUCAACCGGUAUUAGACACAAUCAGCAAGAAGACAACCGAUAUGAAGAGGUAGUCAAAACCAGUAAAUAGACCGUCAAAGUCGAUAAAAAUAUUAAAAAACUAGUGGUAUGGUUGGAAUGAUCAAAUUUCGGCCCCUACACAAAAUGAUGUUUUUAUGGACUUUAAUAACCAAAAAAAGGAAUUAGUUGGAUUUAAAUAUGAACAUUUAGAUAAUAUUUUCCGGAUUCAAUUAUAAACUCCUGGAUGAUUAUGUUAACUGUUGCAUUUACACAUGAUGAUUUAUCAUUUUGUUUGGACAGAGAUUAUAGAGUGAUUGUUUUAAGUCGGUAUAAACUAACAUAUAAACAGGUUGUGUCACGAUCUAACCAUACCACUUUCAAAACCGACUUAAUAGUUUAAACCCGUUUGAUAAUAUCUAAACCCAUUACCUCGUUGGGCAAUAGAAAAAUGAAUUCAUAGUUUCGUACUAAAGCCACUAGUUUAGGAAACCCGUAGUUAAGUUGCCAUUUUGGAUAUACUUCUGAGUUCUGAUGCCUAUUACUCACGCCUGAUUCUCAGUAAAAUAUCUCUUUGAUA